CUUACAGAAGUAAUUAGAACGAGUAUCGCUAUAUUCUUAUACCCGAAGCUAGCCAAAGUUCUCUAAUAGGAUUUGCCCUGAAACUCUCUAUCGUCCCCGUUGUUUACCCGAUCUCGAUUCUCGCUGCAAUGUCGGCGGCGAAGCCGCAGCGAUCCCGUGCAGAGAUCGAGGACAUCAUCCUCCGCAAGAUCUUCAUCAUCUCUCUGUCCGGAGCCACCCACAACGACCCUAAGAUCGCCUACCUCGGCAUGACGGCGGCGGAGAUCCUCAGCGAAGGACAGCCCCUCCUCCUUUCACGGGAUUGCAUGGAACGCGUGCUCAUCGAUCGGCUGUCCGGCGAUUUCCCCUCCGUCGAUCCUGCUUUCUCUUAUCUUGUCGGCUGCUUUCGCCGCGCGUCAGAGGAGAUCCGUAAGGUCGGGUCCAUGAAGGAUCCCUCCGUUCGAUCAGAGAUCGAGUUGGCUGUCAAGCAAGCAAAGAGAUUAGUUGUAUCCUACUUCCGUAUUCAUAUCGGAAACCCGGAUAUGUUCGCAGCCGGGAAGCCAUCGGCAGCUGGGAAGUCCGCUGCAUCCCAACUGCUUGAUUUGAUAUUUUCGGAGGUGGCUUCUCCUAUGGAUGGCGUCAAUAGUUUGGGAUCAGGGAUCAGCUGUCCUUCGGGGUUUCUGGAUGAGUUAUUCGGUGAAUGGGAUUCUGAGAGCUUGGAGCCAGUUAUGAACGAGGUGUAUGAGAUGCUAAGGGCGAGCGUGGAGAGAGUAUCGGCGCUUGGUAACUUUCAGCAGCCAUUGAGAGCCUUGCAGCUUCUUGUGAGGUAUCCCAAUUGUGCAAAGGCUCUGGUGAAUCAUCCGAAUUGGAUAGCAAAAGCGCCAUUUGUCUUUAUGGAAAAUGGAAGGAUUAUGGAGUUAACGAGCAUACUAGGGGGUUUCCUUCAUGUCAGUGCAUUGCCUGAUUACAAAGAUUUUAAAAGUACACCGGAUGUUGGGCAGCAAUGCUUCUCUGAAUCAUCAACUCGCCGGCCAGCUGAUUUACUAUCAUCCUUUGCGACAAUUAGAACUGUUAUGAAUAUUCUUUAUGACGGCCUAGGAGAAGUUUUCCUCACCCUUCUGAAAAAUGUUGAUUCACGAGAUAAAGUUCUUGAUUAUAUUGCUGCCAUGAUUAUGAAAAAUGCAGCUAGGUCUCGCAUGCAGGUUGACCCCUUGUUUUGUUCCAGUACUGGUUUAUUUGUCAAUCUUAGUGCAGUCAUGCUUCGACUUUCUGAACCUUUUUUGGAUGUAAAUGCAUCAAAGAGAAAUAAAAUUGAUCCGAAAUAUGUAUUCUUCAAUAAACGUAUAGAUUUGAGACAACUGACAGCUAUACAUGCAUCAUCUGAAGAGGUUGUUUCAUUUAUGGAAAAUCUCAAGAAGAUGGAAGAGGAAGAAAGCGGGGAGAAUCGUGUAUUGCAAUCCUAUGAGGCGACAACCUCUGGCAAUACUGGAAGCUAUACCUCUCAAAGCACCAAAGUGACAAAGAGUUCCACUGGACAGGAUAAAUACUCAUUUAUUUGUGAGUGUUUCUUUAUGACAGCAAGAGUUCUUAAUUUGGGAUUGAUGAAAGCAUUAUCCGACUUCAAACAUAUUGUUCAGGAGCUGGCAAGGUUUGAAGAGGAUCUUGCUACUUUUAGAGCAAUGAGAGAACAGGGAGCUAGCCCACAACUUGAGAAUGAUAUAAGUCGCUUGGAGAAAGCAGUUGAGAUGUUAUCGCAGGAAAAAUUCUGUUAUGAAGCCCAAAUAUUGCGGGAUGGGGCUCUACUUCAGCAAGCACUAUCUUUCAAUAGGUUGGUCGUCAUAUGGUUGGUCAGUCUUGUUGGUGGCUUCAAAAUGCCUCUGCCAAGAGAGUGCCCAAUGGAAUUUGCAUGCAUGCCAGAACAUUUCAUUGAAGAUGCUAUGGAUUUGCUUGUCUUAACGUCCAAAAUUCCAAGAGCCCUUGAUGGAUUUUUGCUGGAUGACUUUUUAAAUUUUAUAAUCAUGUUCAUGGCAAGUCCAACUUAUGUAAAGAAUCCAUAUCUGAGAGCAAAGAUGGUUGAAGUGUUGAAUUGUUGGAUGCCACAAAGAAGUGGUGUAUCUGCUACAGCUUCGCUUUUUGAAGGACACCCAUUAUCUCUUGAUUAUCUAGUACGGAAUCUCUUAAAUGUUUAUGUAGAUAUUGAGUUUACUGGUUCUCAUACUCAGUUCUUUGAUAAAUUUACAAUUCGCCAUAACAUUGCUGAGCUUUUAGAGUAUUUAUGGAAUGUCCCAAGCCAUCGAAAUGCUUGGAUGAAGAUAGCUAAAGAAGAAGAGAAGGGUGUCUACUUGAAUUUUUUGAACUUCCUUAUCAAUGAUAGUAUUUAUCUUCUAGAUGAGAGUUUAAACAAAAUACUAGAACUUAAAGAAAUAGAAGCAGAGAUGUCCAAUUCUGUUGAAUGGGAAAGGAGACCAGCCCAAGAAAGGGAAGAGAGGAUGCGUCAAUUCCAUUCUCGAGAAAAUAUUGUUCGUUUUGACAUGAAGCUGGCAAAUGAAGAUGUGGGUAUGCUUGUAUUCACAUCCGAACAAAUUCCAUCUCCCUUUCUUCUUCCGGAAAUGGUGGAAAGGGUGGCUAGCAUGCUAAAUUACUUUCUGUUACAACUUGUUGGACCUCAAAGGAAAUCUCUUAUUGUAAAAGAUCCAGAAAAAUAUGAGUUCAGGCCAAAGCAGCUGCUAAAGCAAAUUGUUGAGAUUUAUGUCCAUAUUGCAAGAGGAGACCGCGAAAACGUGUUUCCAGCCGCAGUAUCGAAGGAUGGGCGAUCAUACAACGAACAUCUUUUCAUUACCGCAGUUAAUAUUUUGUGGAAAAUCGGGGAAGACAGCAAAGUGAUAAAGGAAUUUGUUCAUCUUGGUGAGAAAGCCAGAGCCGCAGCUUCUGAAGCAAUGGAUGUCGAGGCCGCCCUUGGUGACAUACCAGAAGAAUUCGUUGACCCUAUUCAGUACACCCUGAUGAAGGACCCUGUAAUUCUACCAUCAUCAAAGGUUACAGUUGAUCGAACUGUAAUCCAAAGACACCUGCUUAGUGAUAGUACCGAUCCAUUUAACCGGUCGCAUUUGACUCAAGAGAUGUUGGUGCCCAAUGUGGAGCUCAAGGCAAGAAUAGAAGAGUUCAUCAAAUUCCAAGGUUCUAGGAAUCAAAAUUGACAAAAUUCCACUUGAGUUUUAUGCAGGAUGAAUUUCUUUUGUUGAAUCAUAUUAAUACGGGCCUGGUCACGACUCAUCAAACGCAGCAGGGCGUUUCACUUUCAUCACAAGGUUUCGAAGGUUUGUGAUCGAUUGUGCAGAGGAUCUCAACAUAGGGGAAUCUGCUGUUCUUUAAUACUUAUGAUGAUAAUGAUGUGUGAAAUAUAUAUUUUGUAUGAUCAUGUCAUGAUUUAUUUCGACGAGUUGACCCAAGUUUUAUUCCCAACUCCGAUGUUUCAAUGUAUAUUGGUAAGCUCAAUAACAGUGAAUUGCUAUCUCUUGUUAAUUUUGUAUAAUUAAGUUGUUAGAUAGGCUCUGGAAACUGCAUUCAUUGUCAUGAGAUAUAAACUAAACGUGAAAUGUAGUUA